UAAUUAAUUACAUCAAUUAAUAAUGGCUGCAAAGAUUGCUGAAUCAAUAUCUUUCCUUUUUAUUUUUCUCUUAUGCAGCUUCCAAUUAGCAGUAUCGAGCAAUGAGCCUCAACUCUCAUUCACUGAUUGGUGCAAACUCCACAGCAAGAGCUACAGGACCAUCACAGAAGCAAAAGAAAGAGAAAGUGUGUACAAGAGCAAUGCAGACCUGGUACAGCAGCUCAAUAAUGAAUAUAGGGAGAGAAACGUGACCUUUUCUUUAAACCAUUUUGCUGACCUUUCGAUUGAGGAAUUCAAGAAGUUAGUAUUAAUGUCACCACAAAAACCUCAACCACUCCCUAAGCAGAGGUACCACUCAUUCUCUCUCCCUCAAGACCCACCAAACACGUUUGACUGGCGUGACAAACAUGUUGUAACAAGUGUUAAGAACCAGGGCAGUGCGGGGACGUGCUGGGCGUUCAGUACAGUCGGUAAUGUUGAAGGACAGUGGGCACUAGGAGGCCAUAACUUAACUUCUCUCUCGACGGAACAACUUGUAGACUGUGAUGAUACUUAUGAUCAUAACAAUUUGCACAUGGAUUGUGGUGUUUUUGGUGGUUGGCCUUAUCUUGCUUAUGAAUACAUUAAGAAUGAAGGAGGUAUAGAGAGAGAAGAGGACUAUCCAUACUGCAGUGGUCAAGGGACUUGCUUUCCUUGCGUACCGAGCGGUUGGAAUAAGACAAGAUGUGGACCGCCUCCUCUUUAUUGCAAUGACACGUUCAGUUGCACACACAAACUGGACAAGAGCAAGUUUGUGCAAGGAUUAAGCAUAAAGUCGUGGAUAGCUAUUCAAAAAGAUGAGGUAGAAAUGCAAGCUGCUCUUAUUAAGCAGGGUCCACUCUCUGUCCUAAUUAAUGCCCUCCUGUUGCAGUUUUACAGAUCAGGAGUUUGGGAUCCUAUUCUGAAAUGCAACCCCCAAGAAUUAGACCAUGCUGUCUUGUUGGUUGGCUAUGGAACUGAGAAAGGAUUAUUGGAGGAUAAACCUUACUGGCUCAUCAAAAACAGUUGGGGCAUUAAAUGGGGUAUGGAUGGAUACUUCAAGAUGAUAAGAGGAAAAGGGAAAUGUGGUGUUGACCAGCAAGUCACAUCAGCUGUACUCCAAUAAUGAACAAUACCAAGAUACCAAGAGUACAUGCACUGAAUGGCUGAAAACUUACUACCCAUUUUGUUUUUUUAUGUUUUUAUUAAGUAUAAUUUUGAGAUAAAAAUAUUUAAUUUUUUUGGUUUAAAUCUGAUGCACAGAUAAAAUAAAGCAUCAAUUAAUUAA